UUGCACUCUAGCUUGAGUGACAGAGUGAAACUCUGUCUCACCAAAGGGGGAAAAAAAAUGGAAAACAGAAAGAGACCUAGGAUGUAAUUUCUUUGUCUUCUACCCCAGUGUACAUUAUCAUUACUAUUAUUACUAUUAUACAAGGGUACAUAAAUAUAUGUCAUAUGUUAAAUAGCUCUGUGGGCAGGUCAUGUGGCAUGGUAGAGAGCCCAGGUUCUAGUCUCAGAUUACUGGGUUUUACCCUGGCUCUGCAGUCACUAGGUAUGUGAUCAUGGAUGCCCUUGCUGCCUCAGUUGUUCCUCUGUAAAAUGGGAACAAUAAUGAUGUCUUCUUCACAGGGCAGAUAGAAGGAUCCACCAAGAUCAAAUAAGUGAGAGUGGUUCUAUAGAAUGGAAAGGGGAGGUAUGGUGAUUGUCUUUGGAUGGGAAGGUCCCAAAGAAACUCUCCUGCUGAGAGGCCCCCUACCCUGAACCACAGCCCAUCGGUGAGGUUCCAAGGAAGAAGCUUUUACUUCAGAGCGGGCCAUGGCGAGACCUCAGGAGACACAGUGUCCCUACCUUAGUUGUCCUCGAUAUUGAGGGCAAAUGUGCUUUGCUUCAGAGAAAAGGAAAACUUUUGGGGAUGAGGGUCUGUGAAGGCAUUUUUUGUUUUUAAAUCUUUGCCUAUUUAUUCCAAGUGUAUCCGCAGAGAUGUAGCAAAAAGAAAACAACCACAACCACAAACCCAUAAUAUUGAAAAGCCAGUUCUUAAUUUCUGUAGCUAAAAAAGCAUCCUUUCAGGCUAUAACCACAAAGAGGUUGCUGCAGGCCUCUGGAACGGGCAUAAUGACGGUCUGCAGCGAGAUGAAGGAGGCUGUUAAUCUCUGUGGCCCAGCAGCCCAAUCCGGCCUCUCCAAUUACCCAGGUUGCCUAGCAACACCACCAAAAGCCUUCCCACCAGGCCAGCUGUGGGCAAUUGGCCCCACCCAGCACAGCCUGCUGCCCAGCCUCCCAGGCUCCUCCACCACAUCAAGGCUGGACUUGGCCCUGCAGGGGCCCGCCUGGUACUGAUGAAUGGGUGGGGCCAGCUGUUUAAAAAAAACAUUCAGAUAUUCAGAACUUACUUGUCUGGAUGCAGCUAGGAAAGCAGCGCAACCUAAUGACGAAAAGUUUCUACCAAAGAGGAGUUGUCCCAAGGGUGUUGGCCUUGUCAGUGCCCUCCUGGGUGAGGUGAAGAAGGGAAGGAAAGAGCUUGGAAACCAACAGUUGUGCCAGACAUCGCAGGGAAGAGCCAUGGCCUGAGACCAUAGAGUCACCUGUUCCCUGGCAUUCCUGUCCCUCUCAGGUGGAGGGAGGACCCAGGACAAUGGCUGCUGCUCAUGAUUUGGAGAUGGAGGGUGUGAAUCUGAAUAUGGGGAGAGAGAUGAAAGAAGAGCUGGAGGAAGAGGAGAAAACGAGAGAGGACGGGGGAGGUAGAGGCCCUGCCAAGAAUAAAAAGGUCCACAGGAUUGUCUCAAAAUGGAUGCUUCCUGAAAAGAGCCGAGUAACAUACUUGGAAAGAGCUAACUGCUUCCCCCCGCCGGUGUUCAUCAUCUCCAUCAGCCUGGCCGAGCUGGCCGUGUUUAUUUACUAUGCGGUGUGGAAGCCUCAGAAGCAGUGGAUCACCCUGGACACGGGCAUCUUGGAGAGUCCCUUCAUCUACUGUCCCGAGAAGCGGGAGGAAGUCUGGAGGUUCAUCUCGUACAUGCUGGUACAUGCUGGAGUUCAGCACAUCGUGGGGAAUCUUGCUAUGCAGCUCGUUUUGGGUAUUCCCUUGGAAAUGGUCCACAAAGGCCUCCGAGUGGGGCUGGUGUAUCUGGCAGGAGUAAUUGCAGGAUCCCUUGCCAGCUCCAUAUUUGACCCACUCAAAUCUCUUGUGGGUGCUUCAGGAGGCGUCUAUGCUUUGAUGGGAGGCUAUUUCAUGAAUGUUCUAGUGAAUUUUCGAGAAAUGAUUCCUGCCUUUGGAAUUUUCAGACUACUGAUCAUCAUCUUUAUAAUUGUGUCAGACAUGGGAUUUGCUCUCUACAGAAGAUUCUUUGUCCCUGCAAAUGGGUCUCCGGUGUCUUUUGCAGCUCAUAUUGCCGGUGGAUUUGCUGGAAUGUCCAUAGGGUACACCGUGUUUAGCUGCUUUGAUAAAGCACUGCUGAAAGACCCAAGGUUUUGGAUAGCAAUUGCUGCUUAUUUGGCUUGUGUCUUAUUUGCUGUGUUUUUCAACAUUUUCUUAUCGCCAGCAAACUGACCUGCCCCUAAUAUGAGUCAAUUAAAAAGAGCCAUGUGGAGGAAAAAAAUGGAAAAACCUCCAUGAAGAAACAGAAGUCUUGGCAAAGUCUAACAAUUUUAUAAAGAGGAAAAAACAACACUCAACUGAUCAGUUGCAAAGACUGCUUACCUUAGGAUUUAAGGAAGGAACUUCUGAAUGUAAAGAGAGGGAAGAGGAAGAGAGAAAUGAGAAGGGUAGUAAAAACCAGAGAUUAGCUUCUUCCUAGGCAUGGUAAGCAUGAAUGUAUUCCAUAAAAAAGACUUGCUCUCCUUGGAGGAUAUAUUUUGAAGAUUGCUUGAUAAAACCUUUGAAUAUUGUACUAUGGUGAUAAUAAAAACUUUUCAUACCUG